AUGGCUGAGAUGAAGAAGGUCUUCUCUGCUGAGGCAGCACCACCUGCCGGCCCAUACUCCCAAGCCAUAAUUGUCGGCCCCACAAUCUUCCUCUCGGGCCAAAUCCCCAUGGACUCCACGGGAAAGAUCGUCGAGGGCAGCAUUGGCGACCUCACCACCGCUUGCGUCGCCAACAUCAAGGCCAUCCUCAAAGAAGCAGGCUCCGACAUCUCCAAAGUCAUCAAGACCACAGUCUUCCUCGACGACAUGGCCAAUUUCGCCGCCAUGAACGCGUCGUACGAGACGCACUUUACGCACAAGCCCGCGCGCAGCUGCGUCGCUGUCAAGACCCUGCCUAAGAAUGUGCCGGUGGAGAUUGAGUGCAUUGCCAUGGUGUAA